AAUUCCAUCAUUUUCAUUAUACACUUGAACUUUACUCCCAAGGAUCCAAUUCGGGAAAUGCAGUUUGAAGUUUCGCCAACAGCUCAGAUACCUUUUGGAAAAAGUCCUAUCCAAGAAUUGCUCUGUAACUAUGUAGGAGUUAAAAAGAAAAUUGUUUCUGAAAGAGCUACUUUAGGGCUGCCCAUAUAUCCAUACGUAACAUACGCACAGAAGAAAGUCGCUAAAGCGAUGACUGACGUGGCUAUCGAAAAAAACGUGAAGUAUGUACUGAGCGUUGGCGACAAUAUUUACUUCACGGGUGUCUCGAAUGAGUACGAUUCACGAUUUCAGACUUCUUUCGAAGAUAUCUACAAUACGGAUGCAUUGAGAGUGCCGUGGUAUUUGAUAGCCGGUAACCAUGAUCACUUUGGUAAUGUCAGCGCUCAGGUUGCUUACUCAAGAUACAGUAGGAAAUGGAAUUUUCCCGACUUGUACUACAAGUUGUCAUUCCACAUAAAAAAUACCACAAUAGACGUUCUGAUGUUGGACACAAUCGUACUUUGUGGAAAUACAGCUGAUAUCCAGAAUGGAGGUUUCUUUGAUAUGCUCUGGAAUCGGUCACAUGAUCCGGAGGGACCUAGUGACGUGGAGAAAGCUGAAAAGCAAUGGAAGUGGAUUAAAUUUCAGCAUAUUGUGUAUCCUGGCGUUGGAGGCCAUGAAAUUCACUACGUGCUAUCUGGAGCGGCGUCACGAAGUGAUCGAUCGAAGGCAAAUAUAAACACGCUUACAGGGAGGAGCCUCAAAUUUCGAAGCUUUAUCAAACUAGUGAGAUCCCAAAUCAUUCCUCGAUAUAAGCCUACAAAAGCCUCCACCGAAAAUCAAAGGUUUGGGGUCAAUCAAUCUCUUUUUAGAGUUGCAUACCAAAUCAAAUAUCGAUUCUCUAUCGAGCCUAGAGUGUUCAAGUAG